AUGAGUACAACCGGUCCAGCUACUCUUUCAGUAUCAAAAUCGAACAGACAGGCCAAGGCCGAAUUAUUAAAUGAACAAAAGCAGGAGAUACGGGAAGCCUUUACAUUAUUCGACUUGGAUAACGACGGAUAUCUCAACUAUCACGAGCUCAAAGUGGCAUUACGCGCACUUGGGUUCGAUUAUUCAAAAAAAGAGGUUCUCUCCAUAAUUGAAGAGUUCGACUCGGACAACCGCAAGCAAAUAAGUUAUGAUGACUUCUACAGGUUUGUGGCUAACAAAUUAGUGGAGAGGGAUCCGGUGGAAGAGAUUAAGAGGGCAUUUAAGCUCUUCGAUGAUGAUCGUACAGGAAAAAUAAGCUUGAAGAAUCUUCGUAGAGUUGCAAAAGAGUUGGGUGAAAAUAUUACUGAUGACGAACUGAUGGCCAUGAUAGAUGAAUUUGAUUUGGAUGACGAUGGUGAAAUAAACGAGGAGGAGUUUCUCAACAUUUGCCUCGAGAAUUAG